AUGCAAAUAGUAAGUGAAGCAACAGCGGCAAUUGAACCAGCAGGUGUAUCAUCAAAGAAAGAACCUUGUCGAUAUUUACCUUCAUGGGAAAAACAACCAGAAUCAUCUUACAAAACAUAUACAUUUGAUAUAUUUAAUAAUAUGCACGAGGAAAUGAUUUGCUGGUUGUAUAACAAAAAAGAUGAAAAGGGCAAUGAUGCUCUUGGCUGUAAAUUAUGUGAAAAAUAUCAAAACAGAAUCAACUCAAAUGGGAAAAUUAAUUUAUGGUGUACAACAGCUGAACAACUUGAAUUGCAAAAAGCAUCACAAUCACAACCAACUUGGACAACAACACAAAUGAAAGAACGAACAAAACAUGAAAUUGCAAUACAAAACCUAAUUCUAGCUGCAGUCUUUGUAUGCCAACAAGAUCAAUCACUUAAUUCGUUCGAGAAGCUAUGCACGUUAAUUGAAGAUCUUGGUGUUAAAUUAUUACAAGCUGAAUUAGGUGGUGUUUCCUAUAGAAAUGAUAAUGCUGCAUUAGAACUUUUACGCCAUGUAGCUUCCUAUUUACACGAAGAAACCCUUGAAAAAAUUUUUGAAAAUGGUGAAGCUAAAACAAUUUUUUAUGGAAUUUUGAAUGAUUUAAAACCUAAAAAAACAUGUUGGUUUACUACCGAUAAUGCUCCAACUUUUAAAGAUGUUAAUAAUGGUGUUGUAGCAAAACUAAAACGUGAUUAUGAUUUAGUUUUUGUUGAAUUAAAUUCUUGUGCAGCACACGAUAAUAAUGAAAAACCAAAAAAACGUGAUUUAAUUUCAAAACUUGAAAAUGUUAUAGGUCGAAUUUAUCAGUAUUUUGGCUCAAGUGCAACUCGAACAUCUAAACUGAAGUGCUGGCAAAAUCUGUUGGAGAUUAUUGAAUUAAAAUUCAAAAAAUUAUUUAACAUAUGUUGUACAGCUAUUCGAGAUUCAAUAAAACCUAUCAUGUUCAACAUCACACCAACCAAUCAGGCCUUAUUAGCUACAUUACAAGAAAUAAAAUUUGACAAAGACUUAACGAAUGAUGAUCGUGCAGCAACUGAUUUAUUAUCUUCAAUAUUAAACGAUGAUUUUUUGUUUAUGCUUCAUUUUCAUUAUGAUUUACAUGAAUGUGUUAUAGGACCAUCAUUAAAUGAUUAUAUAGAUUGUACAUCUAACAACAAUUCUUAUGGUACAUUUCAAGUUGUUGUAGAAUGUUUUCUUGUUUUAUUUGAACCUGAAUAUUUAAUGAAAAAUAAAAGUGAAAUUAUGAAAUCAAUUUAUGGUCGACAAGAACUUGAAUAUAUUCGUACAAAAUACAAAAAAUUUGAUAAUCGAUGUCAAGAAAUAAUUCAAAAAGCAUAUAAUACCUGGUCUGAAAAUGAUGAAAAUCGUCGAAUAACAAGAACAAAAUUAAUUAUCGAUGUACCUGAUGAUUAUGUACCAUUCAAACAAGCUCGUCAUAAUGUACAAAAAAGACUAUUAACAACAGCUGAUAAUUGUGCACUUAAACCAAAAAAAAAAUUUGCAAAACAAUCUGAUCCUUUAACAGAAGACGAUUUAUCAUUAACUUAUCAAAUCAUUCGAAAUUUUAGGACAAAACUCAUCGCUUUCUUUAAUUGUGGUGAAGAAUCUGGUGCUAGUCAAAAACAUAAACAUGUUCAAUUUUUUUCGCUAUCAGAAAAUGAACCACCAAUAGAUGUUUAUCUCAAAGGACAAAAUAUUUAUGAUCAAGCUAGUCAACUUAUUCAAGUACCAUGGGCUCAUUUUCUUAUAUCUAUUCAUCCACCUGAACAAUCUGAUCAAUUAGGCAACUAUCUUAUGCAAAAAUUCAUCCAACUUUUGGAUGAAAUGUUUAUUUUUAAAGAAGGAAAAGAAUUUGAUGGUGCUAAAGCUUCUUAUAAUGUUCUUAUCAUGAAGAAUUAUAUGCAUUUAAUACCACGAUCAAAAGAAGAUUUCGAAUUACCCAAUGGUUCUCAAAAAUCGGUAGGUGGUCUUAAUUAUGCUGGUAUUCUCGAUGUCAAACAAGAAGAAGAUAUGAACGAAUUGAUAAAAGUUGGCAUUAAGAAUGUUCUUCUUUCAGCAGGACGAAAGAAAGAUGAAUAG